CGCCCCAGUGUGAUUCAGACGCACAGAACGUGUCCGAGAUCAGCUUGAGCGGCGUCCCCGUGCUGGUCUCCAGAUCCCAGAGUUCACCCCAAGCUGUUUUGCCAUCGGCUGUCUUGAGUGGAUCAUUGACGGCCCGGUCAAAGAACACGACGAGCGUCGGAGAGACCACGAUAGCUUCGAGCGCGACGAUCCCCGUUGUGCCCUUCUGCACAAACGACCAAGCAGGAGACGCUGCUGCUGAUACUCCAGUCGAAGCCAGCGCUAUGAGCGCAACUGGGAGAUUGAAAGCGACCAUGGCAAUCACUCACAACUGGGUUCAAGCGGCUGCUCUA